AUGGACGCUUGGUUCACAACAUGGGCACGAUGGAUCAAGCGCCAUGAGGCAGCGCUGUUCCGUGCUGAGCAGGUGUGUGCGCUCGAAAUCGAUGUGCAUCACCUAUACUACCUGCUUGUGCGAUGCGAAGGCCUUGGAUUCGAUGUGGGCCCGCUAGAUGUGCCAUGCACGCCCCGACGCUCGUUGCCAGGUGUCGUUAGCACGGGCAUCCCCCACAGCGAUGCUUACAGUAUCGCGUCGAUCCAGCAAACCAUUCAGUCAUCGGUAUCAACAUGGUGGGGCGGCAAAAUAGAUGCCCCUGAUCCUGAUCGCUUGUACGCUUACCUCUACUCCGUGCUAAGCCGCGUGUCGUCACUACGUAUCACUCCGCCACCGACGUCCGUGCAUUCUGCGUUCGCCGACUUUCCGGGCGAGCAUGCGACACCACUGUUUGUAUGCAAAGGUAUCCGGCACCUUGCGUUGGAUGGCGUCGAUCCCGCUUCUAUCGUCGGAUGGGACCGCCUGAGCAUUCAACUCACCUCGCUGGUGUGCACACAUAUCAGCAUGGCUGAUGUAACAGACCUGUUCGUCGGCCUCGUGCUGCGUGACGCCCACAUCGAGUCCCUUCCUGCUGCUGCCUGGCACGCGCUCCAGUACGCAUGCCUUGCUUACAACGAGCUCACAUUUAUCCCCUCGUCCAUGACCACGAUCCUUCCGUCGCUACGCUACUUAGACGUGUCCCACAACCUCUUGAAUGCCGUGCCACCUGCCCUCGAGUCCUUGGACCAACUUCAGGCCCUCAAUGUGUCGGGCAAUAUGAUCGACAGCGUCCUUGGCAUCUACCUCUCGCUACCACACAUCCGUAUCCUGAAUCUUGGCGGUAACCGUCUUGAGAGCUUGUGUGGCGUCGAGCGGCUACAUACACUCGAGCAAAUCGAUCUGCGCACGAAUAUGAUACAAGAUCCCGGCGAGGUGGGACGCCUCGCUACGCUGCCCCAGAUUUCGCAUGUCUGGAUCCAUUCCAAUCCGCUGCUCACCACACAUCCCGACGCACGUGUCGCGUGCUUUUACUUCUUUGCGCUCGAGCACAAACACGUGGUCUUGGACGAUGCACCUUGUGGGUUCUUUGAACGUCGACGGGUCUCAUCCAUGCUCGCCCAACGCGUCGCCAUGCAACCUCAGCGCGAUAGUGCUGUCAUUGAGGCGCGGUAUGCACCCAAGGUGCGCCACGUCACCACCUCUCCCACCAUCACAUCGACUGAGCGGCGCAAAAAGAGUCAUCCAAAAACACCCACACGGCGCCCUGAGGCCGCUGCCACAUUCGAUACAUACAAGCAACGCAUGGAGCAAUUGCGCGAUCACAUGGGCGACGAUUGGCUGCGUGUCGUGGCCAAGGGCGACAGCGACCCAUUUCGUGUGCAUGCACCGUGCGAGGAUGCACCGAUACUCACUUUUCCAUGGCCCAUUCGGCUUUUCAUUGAGACAGUAUCGACGCCGGUGGGAGCAGCAUGCGUCAGUGCUGGCACCAUUGCGGGGUCCUUUCUUAUUUGGCGCCGAUUUUUCCGGCGUAUACCCAACGCCUCAUACAUCACGCCCUCGAUAUUGCGUUCGCGGAGACGUAUCGUGGGCCGCGUCACCAGUGUGGGCGACGCGGAUGGCUUCCGUUUGUACCACACACCAGGGAUUCCGUUUCUUCGACAGCGGUGGCACAGGCCGCCGACCAAGGCAUCCGACCUGCGACAUCAGACCAUUUCUGUGCGACUAGCCGGUGUGGAUGCACCCGAGGCCGCACACUUUGGCCGCGAGGCACAGCCAUAUGCAGAUGUGGCACACAAGGAGCUGCGGCGACUCCUCGAGGGACGUACUGUGUGGCUCGAUAUGGCCCUCAUCGAUCAGUACCAACGCCUCGUCGGUACGCCCUACGUGUACCGAUGGCCAUACUUGUGGCCCACGAACGUAUCGUUGGCACUCGUGCGAAAAGGCUUGGCGACCGUGUACCGCAGCACCAAUGCGACGUACGGUCCACCAUCGCUCUUGUCGCGGCUCUUGUUCGGAGCGACGUCAGGUCGUAAGGCGCUGGAACGGGCAGAAGAACACGCCAAGCGGUGUCGAUUGGGUAUGUGGCGCUUGGGCUCCAAACUUGAAACGCCUGGUGCGUUCAAGUUCCGGACGACACACCAUCGAUCGUGA